UGCCCACUUUCCGCCUGCGGUCCUACUAACUUGAACAACUGUGAAUUUAAUAACAAAAGAGGGCAAAUAGGGAAAACGCAAAAAGUUAUGGGGAAUCAGUUGGGAAUCCAGAUGAAUAGCGAUGACGAUGAAGACUUUGACUCCUCGGAAAACGAUCUGGGCUUUAAUGUGAUUAACUUUACGGUGAAUGCAUUGGACAUGGAAGUGCGCACUGACUAUUGCAACAACGACCUGCCAAUAAUAAGAAGCAAGCCCGAUCUUGUCAAGUUUCAGAACACUGAUAUGUACAAGGAGAUCCGGGCAUCGAGUGGCCUAGUGAGCAAUCCAGACAAUCGCUGGAAUCUGGUGCAGGCCCUCCAGCAGCGAGAAAAUGGGAUAGCCUCGCCCCACAGCGCCUCGUUUUCCAAGAACCAGCAGCGCUACAUUUCCAAUCUCUACAUACCAAACAAGAAGUCCACGCGCCUCAUGUCGCUGGACUCGAAAGUCUUUGUGACCAAAUUCAAUCCCACGGGCAGCAAACUGCUGGUUGCUUGUCAAGAUGGCUUUGUGCGCAUCUACGACGGCGCCAAGGGCACCUACCACCUGCUCAAUCGCAUUCGAGCCCGGGAUGUGGAGUGGAGCAUCAUCGAUGCGGAUUUUAGCCCGAACGGCCAGCAUUUUGCCUACAGCACCUGGUCCCGCUCAUUUUUCAUCAUGCCCGUGAAUGGGGGCGAAGACGACUGCCAGUGGAUCGACGUUAACGGUCUGCCCAACCAUCGGCUAGCCAUCUUCUCGCUGCGCUACUCGCCCACGGGCGACAAGAUCAUCGGCGGCAGCAACAAUGCCACGGUCAUCGUGACCGACAUCCGCACAAGAACCACGCAGAUCCUGCGCACCCACCGCAUGCCCGGCAACGAUGUGAAUUCGGUGUGCUUCCUGCAUGACAAGGACCCAAAUGUGAUAAUUGCCGGGUGCGAUGAUGGCCUACUCAAGGUCUAUGAUCUGCGCACAUCUUUCCGCUCGCGCGAGCUCUCCAAAACGGUGGCCUCCUUCAUCGGUCAUUACGAUGGCGUCACCUAUAUCGACUCGCGCAACGACGGCUAUCAUGUGCUGUCCAACUCCAAAGACCAAAGCAUUAAGAUCUGGGACAUGAGGCAGCCCAGCAAUAUGCGUAAUCGCAGCCGCUCCAGACAGCAGCAGCUGGACCUCCACAUGUGGGAUUACCGCUGGAACCGCGUGCCUCGACAGUUUUACAAUCCAAAUAAGGAGCUGGAUGGGGACACCAGCAUUAUGACCUAUCGUGGUCAUCGAGUUACCAAAACCCUGCUGCGGGCCAAGUUCUCGCCCAUGGAGCAGACAGGACAGCGUUUCAUUUACACUGGCUGUGCCACAGGACGUAUUAUAAUUUACGAUGUACUUACUGGUAAGAUUAAAGAGGCUAUUGAAGGACAUAGGAAUGUGAUAAGGGACCUGGACUGGCAUCCAGAUCGCUCCGAAAUUGUGUCUGGUUCGUGGGAUACUCAUGUUCAUCUGAACAACUUCAGCCGCAGCAACGCUAAUCGUCCGGUGAAGCGAGCUAACAGCUCCGAACAGGACAAGAGACCCUUGCGACGAUCGCGCCGUCUAGCGAAUCGCAAUGUGACACCAGACUAGUUUUAACGUUUUGAUAUUAGCUAGUAAGAC